AUGGUUGGUGUGAAAGCAGCAAAUGGAGAUCAGCAUCAUCUUAGAGCCCUCAUAGAUUCUGGUUCUCAAAUUUCAGUAAUUACAGAGAGAGCAGCGCAGAUUUUAGGAUUAAAACGACGUAGGUGCAAGGGCACUAUCUUCGGCGUCGGUCCGACUAGCGAAGAACCCAUAGCACAGCAGACUUACCUUGGCUGGAUCCUCUGCGGCUCCGUCAAAUCAUAUCAAUGUAACGUCAUGGUACAUAACAAUUAUGACGACUUACAAAGAUUCUGGGAAUGCGAAGACAUUUCCCUAGAAAAGGAGAUGACGUCAGAAGAUGAAUUUUGUCUUCAAUAUUUUUCUAAAACAACUAAAAGGUUGGAGGAUGGAAGAUUUGAGGUUCGUUUACCUAUUAUAGAAGAAUUAAAGCAUAAAUUAGGGUCAUCAAAAACUACAGCAUUAGCACAGUAUCAGAGUUUAGAAAGGAGAUUGGAUCAAAAUAUAGCAUUAGCAAACGACUAUAAAAGGUUCAUGCAGGAGUACAUGGAUCUAAGUCAUAUGGAACGAUCAGCAUCUGAAAGAAAAAUGGAGUUCUACUUACCUCAUCAUGGUGUUAUCCGAGACAGCUCCACCACAACGAAGCUACGCGUAGUAUUCAACGCAUCAGCAAAGUCUUCGAGUGGAUAUAGCUUAAAUGAUAUAAUGUACAAGGGGCCCAAUCUUCAGCAGGAUCUACAGCAGAUAAUUUUGAAAUGGCGUCAGUUUAAAUUCGCUUAUACAGCAGACAUCGAAAAGAUGUACAGGCAAAUUUGGGUGUUUCCCGAAGAUCAAGCAUAUCAGAGGAUAUUUUGGCGGGAGUCUAAAGACCAACCUGUGCAAGUAUAUCAAUUAAAAACAGUAACUUACGGAGAAAAAGCAGCAAGUUUCUUAGCAAUAAAUUGUUUAAAGCAGUUAGCAGCAGAAGAGAAGAAGAAGUAUCCAGAAGCAGCGAAAGAAGUAGAAGAAAGCUUCUUCGUAGACGACUUUUGUGGAGGUCAUCAUACUUUACAGCAGAGCAAGCAAUUACAGGCAGAUUUAAUUGAGCUUCUAAAAUCAGGAGGUUUCAAUUUACGAAAAUGGAGGUCAAAUGAAAAGCAACUUCUAGCAGAUUUAGAUACAGAGCAGUGCGACAAGCAGACGUACGAAUUUAAGCAUAUGGAGUCGACGAAAACUUUGGGUCUAAGCUGGGAUCCCCAAGCCUUCUCGCUGUCGUGGUCGUAG